AGAGAGGGUUUAUGAAAGAAACUGAAGGCUCGAGUCACUUGUGAGAGACACCAAAACCCUAGCAAGAGCCGUCUGGAAGUUAGCACGCCACCAAAUCAAUCAAAUGGAGGAAGAAGCGAGAGAAGAGGUGGUGGUGAUCGAUAAAGAUCUGAAGAAGAAGAUAAAGGACACGGUGAACAAGAUCUUGAAACGGUCGAGUCUGUAUCAGAUAACGGAGCUCAAGGCGCGAGAGGAAGCUUCCUCGGAGCUGGAUCUCGACCUUUCAAAAGAUCCGUACAAGCUCAUCGUGAGAGAGGCCGUGGAGAGGUUUGUCGAGAAGGCGGUGAUGGCAAUCGAGAGCGAGGUGGUGAAGCACCAUGCUCAGAUUGUGCAAGACGUCGAAGGAGGAGGAAGCGAGAAAUCAGCUAAGAAAAAGAAGAAGAACAAGAACAAGACAAAGAAGGAAGACUCUGCUACUGCUUAGAUUCCGAUGUUCUCAUCUAUGCUUUUUGGUUUUAGUGUUUUUAAUUUGUGUCUUUUUUUUUGUUUGAUUUCGACGAUGAAGGCUCUUCAUUGCAAACUCAAAAAAAAGCUUAUUAAUUGUUACGUUUUUAUGACAGUAUAUGCUUCAAAUGACUAUGACAUUUUGGGCA